AUGGCCUACCUGAUAAGACAUGCUGAUAGUGUGAAGCGAGACGCUGCUCAAACGCCGAUCAAAGGCCUAUUUAUCGAAGAAAAAAUCGCUGAGUGGGCGUGCCCAUCCGCCUAUUCAAACAAGCGUCAUCGAUUACGUAAAUUCGCGGACAUGAGUCAGCUAAUUGUGAACAGUUUGGAUAAGGACGAUCGCUUGGUGAACACCGUACACGAGCAAUUGGUUCGUCGCCUGAUCGGUUGGGUGGAAAUCCCGUUCUCGACUGUCUACUCAAAAGGAAAGGUGGACGGUUGGCUACGAAUCCAGCGACCAACUUUCUAUACUGGAUAUAAUAUGCCUGAUCGGCGAUCCUACGUGAAGGUGCUGAUCGCGUUCGAUCCAUCAAUGGUCCCGCCACGAAUUACAGCUCCACGACGGGUUGGUUCCGUAGAAAGCGAAAAGGUGCUUCAUCAAUGUGAGACGUGGUCAAAAACGUGUAGUGCAAUGCAUGAUGGUCGACGAUACACAGCGCUCGUUACUGAUAUCAACGGUAAAGCGGUGUUGGCUUGCAGGUUUCUAGGUCCUGUUAAUCCUCCGCCCCAGGUGCCACAUCCGGGCGCGAAUCCGAGGCACACGAUCGAAGUGGCUGCUCGCCUAGUGAGCAUGGUUCCGUUCGUCACUGAUCCAGUGCUCUUUCCUGGUUCCACAGAUCUUUGGACCACCACUGAAAAGUUCUUAUCGCUCGGAUGUGGUGAUGAAGAAGAGCAUGCGACACUACUUUGUUGUUGGCUGCUUUCGUUUGGAAUACCCUGUUGCCUAGUUCUCGGUAAGAUUACUGGUUUCGCUAAGGAAUCGAUCAAUAGCCAUCUUUAUCAUUGCUGUUCAGGAUUCGCACUACCCGAAGGUGCACGAGCUGCGUAUGUGUUAGUGAAUAUGUCAGACGGCAUUUAUCUUGUAAAUCCUUGCGACGGAUCCGUUUAUUCAUCAUCGGAUGCCAUGUGUCCGUUGACAUCCGUGGGAACUAUUGUUGCGCCGAGGAAUCUCUACGGGAACAUCCAGACCAAUGCACAUCCCAGUCAACUACAGUUUGAUCUCAGUAAGUCCAGCGAUUGGAAGCCGCUGUUCGACAAAGAAAUGGACGAUUUCCAGUCCAUACAGUCGUCAUCUGUUCCUUACGCUCAGGCAUGUUCGGCUUUCUCCCUUGGUCUCACCAUGCGUGACUUUUGA